CUGUUUUGUGUUUACAUCGCGUCAUUUUUUCACAGCUAAGUUCAACGUUGUUGUUUUCUGGUCGUAAAUAUGCCCUAGUAAAACCUGGAAAUGCGUAAUAAUAUAAUCGAUGGACAGAUACGGUACUGGUUUGCAUGAAACAUCUGACGAUUUCCAGAAUCACACGACGGCGAUAAACCCUGUGCCGGUGCAACCCUAGAAGCUCUCUCCAUUCACCAUGGGUGGGGCUGUCAGCGCCGGAGAGGACAACGAUGAACUCAUCGACAACCUGAAGGAGGCCCACUAUAUUCGCUCAGAACUGGUGGAGCGUGCCUUCCGAGCCAUUGACCGCGCUGACUACUACCUUGAGGAGUACCGGGACAGCGCCUACAAGGACCUGGCCUGGAGGCACGGCAACCUCCACCUCUCUGCGCCAUGCAUCUACUCUGAGGUGAUGGAGGCCCUAGACCUCCAGCCCCGCCUGUCUUUUCUGAACCUAGGGAGUGGCACGGGCUACCUCAGUACCAUGGUGGGCCUCAUCCUGGGUUCAUUCGGGGUGAACCAUGGUGUGGAACUGCAUGCAGACGUUGUGGAGUAUGCCUACCAGAAACUCGACUACUUCAUCAAAACCAGUGACAGUUUUGACAAGUUUGAGUUCUGCGAGCCCUCAUUCGUGGUGGGCAACUGUCUGGAGAUUCCUCCAGACUGCCGAGAGUACGACAGAGUGUACUGUGGGGCCGGGGUUCAGAAAGAGUAUGAGAACUACAUGAAGAACCUGUUGAAGGUUGGCGGAAUCUUGGUGCUCCCCCUGGAGGAGAAGCUGACCAAGAUCACCCGCACGGGUCAAAACUCCUGGGAGACCAAGAAGAUCAUUGCUGUGACCUUUGCCCCACUGGUGCAGCCCAAGCAAAGCAUCAAUGGCAGAGGGCAGAGCGUACCACUGCCUGUCUUCGAGGUGAGGACUCUGCAGGACCUAGCGCGCAUCUCCAUCCGUCACACCCUGCGGCAGCCGACGAUGGGCGAGGGGCGGGCCAAGCGUCGGGUGUCGUUCCCGGGCGCGCGGGCCAUGCACCGCUACGGGCCCCGCUUCGAGCGCCGCCGCUUCUGUCGCCGAUUCUACCGCCAGUGCGUCGGCUCCGCGGCCCUGCGUGACUCAGCCGUGCCCACCGUCGACUGCGCCUACCCCGGUGGGGUGGAAGAGGAGGAGGAGGAGGAAGAGGAAGAGGCAGAGGAGGAAGAUGAGCGGGCCUGCCGCCGAGCAGGGGCCGGCGAGGACCUGCCCGAGGUAGACGAGGAGGGGGCGGGUGGAGACGGGGAGAAGGCGAAGGGGGCGUGCACGAGAAUCGAACCGCCCGCCAAUCUGCUGAGGGAGCGGAUCCUGGGACUGCCCUUGCCUGAGCCGCUCAAGAUGUAUCUGCUGUAUUACCGCGACAAAUAAGCUGCAGGAAAGCUGAGGAAUCCACAAUCCAGAAGCCCGUCUCGCCUGCACAGCCUGCCCUGACCACUACCUGAACGGCCCUGGCCCGAGUAUCUUCAGCAUGGUACUCACAUUAUUUGCCGUCCCUCCGAGAAUCAAAACAGCUCGACAUAGUUGUAAAUGCAGGACUGUGUGGACUCGGUUAAUCUUCUCUAUUAUGUUUGUUUAAGCUCAUUUUUGAGCUUCUUCUAAAGAUUUUCAUCCCAGAUUUUAGCUGUAUCUGCCUCCCUUUUAGCUUCAGUGUUCAAAUGGGUUUAUGUUACCUUCAUGGAAGACUUGCGUGAGAGUAGAGCAUGUUGCAUUCACUUAGCUGAGAGUAGCAUCGCUUUGGAAUAUUUGCCAGGAUUGAUGUGGUGGACAAAAGUAUUGUAUAUUUUUCUAUAGCUUUAUGAAAGACCUCAAAGUCAGCCCUCCACUGUUGAACUAUGUUCUCCUAAUAAGGUACUGGAUGCUAUUUGCAUGCAUGCAUUUUAUCAGUAUACAGGUUUGUAGUGCUAUGAUUUAACACUCCACACUGUGUGAAUCUGACUUCCUGUGGGGGUAAUGGUACGUUUGAGCAUCGUGAUGUCAGGCUACACACUUCUAAUGACAUGCAGAGCAGUUUGCUGUAAAUGAAUUAUGUACUGUUCCCCCAAGAUUCCUCCACACAUUCAUCUGUGUGGACAGCACUGUAUUUUCUGUUAUAUCAUGAGCUUUAUUAUCUUUUAUGACAGUGAUACUGUCUAAAUACCAUUUUAUCUCCUUUUUUACCCCACUACAAAUUAUGUAUUUUCAUCCCAUCUUAAAAUUGCAACUACAUCUCAAAGUUAAAAUGUGAUGUGAGUAAUUAUGCUAAGGAGCUUUGUCCCUACUCAGGAAUAUUACAAGGUUUAAACUUUUUAACAUAAAGUUAAAAAGACCAAAAGUUGAUGUUACUUUUUGACCAAAACCAAGGAAAGCAUUUUUUUUUUUUUACUAACUUUAUUGUAAUUGGUUCUGUGAGGAAACCUCAGCUCUGGGCACCAGAUUUUUAAUGGAGAAAUGCAAGUUUCUGCUCGCUACACUGGAAUUCUAUACAAGUGCUUUUCCUUCUUUUUCCUUGAAUAUGGAUAUGAGACCAAUGGUUGGUGCACCCUUAAAUCCAAGAGGUCAUCAUGAAUCAGUUGUGAAAACAUCCAGUAAGAGCAUAUCUAAAUGAUUUGAAACAAUUGUAUGCUUAUAGGUGAUGCAUAGAGCCUUUAAAUAAAUCUGAGAUUGCACAUGCA